UAAUGGGUGUAUAUAUAUUCUACAUGCAACACUCUCGCCAAAAGUAGAUUUAUUGUAGCACCUUGCAGGUGAUCAAAUAAGCUGUAAAUAGUCAGAAAUGAUUGCCUUGGUUAUAGCUUCGCACUUCGUUCUCAGCUGCUAUGCAACAAAUGAAAUGCUAGUAUAUCCGGCCAUUGUGCAAGAACGUACAAACGCGGAAAAUUUGGUCCUUCGGCUGAACGACCACCUUACACUUAACCUUGAAAGAAGCACGGUACUAGCGGACAAACUCCUCAUGGUUACCAGCAGUGAACACGAAAAGCAAGUCAAAACGGUGGACACAUCUUCCAUUCAAGAAACGCUGUAUCAUGAUGAACACCAUCAAUCAUCGCUAACGGUGUUGCAGAAAGACGGAAUUGUGAAAGUUGAAGGCAUCAUUAACCAUAGGCUUAGAAUCAAGCCCCUACCACAAGGCGAGCGCUCAUCACAGGGUCACGUGCUUCAUCGCAUAUAUGAAGUGCAAGAAGUCGACGACGAGCUUGCAAAAUCAGCUCCCAAUGACCAAGCACCUUUGCAAAGUAUGACGCCAAUGUGGCCGAAAGAGGUCCAUGCUUCGGGACCUCUAUCGCCAAGAAGACUAUUUGAAGAAUUCGUGGUGGAGGUUACAAUAAUAUCAGACAAACAACAUCAAUCCCACUAUCAAGGAGACAACGAGUUGAUCACCUAUUUGGCGGUGAUGGUGAAUGCAGUAAAUCUCCGGUACCAUGGCAUGACCAACCCUCGAAUUCGAUUCAGGCUCGUCGGAAUUACCAGGAGCUUGAUGGAUGUAUUCGCCAAGUACAUCGACGGCGGUUACUUGGAAGCUUACGGCACCAUUGAAGGGUUGACGCAGUACAUAAGGGAAGGGAACGUUCCAGAGCAGACUGACGUGGUGUACCUAAUUACCGAUCGAGACAUGGUGAACGGUAAGAGUGGUCAAGCAGCCGAGCAAAAAAUGACAGGUCUUUCGUACGUCGGGGGAGUCUGCACAAGAGAAAGAGUCGCACUGGGAGAAGAUAUUGCUCAGUCAUACCGGGGAGUCUUUACGAUGGCACACGAGCUUGGGCACACGCUGGGCGCCCAACACGACCCGGUCGGGCACCGCGAAUGUCCGUGGUCCGCCGGAAGCCUCAUGAGUUACGUGGACGGCGGCACAAACAGGUACCGGCUCACUCCCUGCAGCAAGAGGCAAAUACGAAGUGUUGUCGGGAAACUGCCACCAUGGUGCAUAAUGGAAACGUCGAGAAGAAACCUGAUGGGGCACCCAGGCCUCUUACCGGGCCAUAUGAUAUCCGCAGAUGCAUUCUGCAAGCUGUACUUAAGAAGGAAAACAAACGCACAGGAACAGUACACUAAGAUGACCCAUGAGUACAGCAGAAAAUGUAAGAUGCAAUGCUGCUACGUAACAGGUCGUCUAACGUGGUGCUACGAAGUCGAUAUAUUGGACGGCAUGCCAUGCGGUAAAGAAAGCACAUGCAUAAAGGGGGUCUGCAGGAGGCAGCACCCGUGGCCUUGAAUCGCAGCAUUCAAGACAACAUGGAGCCAGGACACGAGUACACGAAGAGAGACGAAAUCCAUACCUCAAGAGAUGUUUGCGUUUAUGUCCUUUUCUUGUACUAAUUUUAACUGUGAAAACGCACAGAUGCUGCAGCACCAUAACUGCUUCAUCUCAGCAUUUGUAACUUUCGUGCUAAAACACGUCAAUAAAACCAAAUUAAAGCAAAAAC